UUUGUUAGUAGGAUAACACGUGACCUUAUGGGAGGAUUCAAAAACUAUAUAAUCGAACGUUUUUUUUACUAUUCGUUCAGUAAUUAUUGAGGAUUUUGUAUCAUACUGAAUUAAAAUGAACAGUUUAUUUGUGCUGGUGGUUAGUGUUUUUGCGAGCGCGUAUGCGUUGAGCGAUGCCUUACGGGAGGAAAUGAUGCUUGACGUACAAGAAUACGGAAUCGAAUGUGCCGAAUCCGAAAAGGCCACACCAGAGGACAUUGAGGCUCUAAUGAACCGUAAACCCCCGGUAACCCAUAACGGGAAAUGCGUCAUUUUCUGCGUCAGCAAAAAACUGAAUCUCAUGAAUGACGACGGAUCUGUAGUAGAAAAACCGAGCACUAGCUGGCUAGAUAAAGCUAAAGCGGACGAUCCUGAUUUAUUUGAAAAAAUGGCUGCGAUACACGAACUAUGCAAAGAACAAGUUAAAGCCGACGAUCCGUGCGAUGCUGGUUUAGAAUUCGUUGCAUGCGGCAAACAAGAAGCGGUAAAGGCUGGUCUAGGAGACUUGAUGGGGGCUUAAGCAUAACAGCUCUUUUAGUAUAAAUUAAUAUAUUGUAUAUUAUAUCCUUUUUAUAACAUUAUUUUAACGCUUUAACUCACUGUACUAUUAAAAACUUAUAAAAAAAAACAAAAA